GCAAGAAAGAGCCAACAGCAGGUCAACAGCAAUUUGAAGAAGAACCAGCAGCAAAGAGCCAACAGGUCAACAGCAGAAGAACAUACUAGUGACUUGUAAAGAAAUUCCUUCACUUUGAGGGGCUCUCUUUCCUAGAAGAACUACCACCAAGAAAAACAGCGCCUUGAGGCUUUGGUUUGAAGAAGAACCAGCAAGAAAGAGCCAACAGCAGGUGAACAGCAAUUUGAAGAAGAUCCAGCAGCAAAGAGCCAACAACAGGUCAACAGCAGAACAUACUAGUGACUUGUAAAUGAAUUCCUUCACUUUGAGGGGCUCUCUUUCCAAGAAGAACUACCAGCAUAAGCCAACAACAGCUCAGUUGCUGCAGAACAUAUUAAACAUAUUUGCAGCUUGUAAAAAAAUCAUAUCGCCUUGACUUUGAGGGGCUCUCAUUUGAAGAAGAUCUAAGAGCAAAAAAAGCUAACUGGUCUACAGUAACUGCAGAACAUGGCUUCGGCAGUUGUGCCACUUCUUUCGCAAUACCUUGGUGCGUUGCUGAUACAGGAAGCAGACCUUUUAGGUGGGACGGCUGAUCAAGUUUAUAAGAUUCAAGUUGAGAUGGAGAGGAUAGACUACUUCUUAAAAGAUGUAGAUGCAAAACAAGAUGAAAGUGAAAGCGUUCGUAAUUGGAUUGCAGAAAUCAGAGAUCUUGCUUACGAUGCAGAGAAUAUCAUAGAGACCUAUAUUCCCAAAGCAAAGUAUGCAAGUUCCUUCAAUCCAAAGAAAUAUAUACAACUUCACAAAAUUGCGAAGGAGAUCAAAACGCUUCAAUCCAAGAUCCAGGACACCACUCGCAGCAUAGAAACGUAUGGCUUCAUGAGGAUUGACCAAAGAGAAGAAAUGAGGUCAACAAUUGAUAGGCAGCGACAGUUGAGACAAUCCCAUCCACACUAUGAUGAUGAAGAUGCUAUUGGCAUAGAGGACAACAUUAAGGUAUUGGUUACAGAGUUGAUCAAUAAAGAAGGGCCCCAUCUUGUUUCCAUUGUUGGGAUGGGGGGUUUGGGUAAAACUACCAUUGCCAAAAAGGUUUACAAUCAUGCUAAUGUUAAGCGUCAUUUUGAUUGUUGCGCUUGGAGUUUUGUUUCUCAACAAUUCCCAGUAAGAACCAUUUUGCAAUCAAAUGAAGGAACAAGACUUGAGACUUUGAAUGAUGGAGAGUUGAAGGAGAAGCUAUGCAAGCUAUUGGAAGACAAGUGCUAUCUGGUGGUCCUUGAUGAUAUAUGGAGAACCGAGGCUUGGGAUGUUCUAAAAUCCACAUUUCCUAAAGGAAAGAUGGGAAGCAAAAUAAUGAUCACAACUAGAAUCAAAGAUGUGGUUCUUUAUGCGGAUCCAUUCGGCUUUCUUCACGAACCUGCAUGUUUGACCAAUGAACAGAGUUGGGAAUUGUUCUGUAAAAAAACAUUUCUUUGGAAGAAUAUUGCUUCAACUUCUUCUUUGUACCCUCCAGAAGCAGAUAAGGAGAAGUUAGGAAGGGUCAUGAUAAAAAAUUGUGGCGGUCCGCCUUUAGCAGUUAUUGUACUUGGAGGCUUGCUAGCAGGGAAGAAGUCGAUUCAAGAAUGGGAGAUGGUGGCUAAAGACAUUAGCAGGUACCUGAACAAAGCCCAACAACAAGGACAACAUGGUGUUUCAUGGAUAUUGUCUUUAAGUUACCAUGAUUAACCUUAUUUCUUGAAGCCAUGUUUUCUAUACCUUGGCCUCUACCCAGAGGACACCGAAGUCCACAAAAGGCAAUUGAUUCAAACGUGGAUAGCAGAAGGUUUUGUGCGGCAUAAUGGGCAAGGAACAACAAAGGAAGAAAUAGGAGAAGAAUACUUGCUUGAGCUGAUUAAUAGGUCAUUGGUUCAAGUGGGUCGAAGGACCUUCAAUGGGAAAGUCCAAAAAUGGGAUUCUUCUUAUUCUUCUUCUUCUUCUUCUUCCUCUUCCGCUUCUUCCACUUCUAUGGUGGCACUAAUCUCUAAUCAUCGAAUGCGCAGACAUAGCAUCCACUUCACUUGUGACAGACUUCUUCACCUACUAUACUUUGAAGAAUUGAGAGUGGAGAUGGGAGCACUGCCAUGUCUUGUACAUCUACAAAUCAUGAAUUGUGAAAGCUUAAGAAUGCUUCCUGAAGGAUUGAAAUUCGUCACAACACUCGAGAAAUUGGAGGUAGUAAGGAUGCCAAAUAAAUUCAAGGAAAUGCUUCAAGAGGAUGAGGAUGAUUGGUACAAAAUCCAACACAUACCCUCCAUCAUAAUACAACACACUUGACUUCCUUCUGUUGCAUUAAUGCAUCAUAUCGUCAAGAACUGCAUCUCUCUCUCUCUCUCUGUUAUUUAUAUGGAUUUUUUAUGUGUCAAGUGACUAUUUGUGCAUUUUUAUGUUAAAUGAUCAUGCUCAGAAAUGACAUAAAAUUAAGUACAA